GUGGGAUGUGGCUGACAACAAGUGUGACUUCACUAGUUGAAUUUGACUAUCAUUUGACCAGUUCUUGUCCUUGCUGGCAGUCCUUGUCUCCAAUAUGGAACAUAUCACUUUAAAAGGAACCGAUCUUAAAGUAUCUCGUUUUUGUCUUGGUACUUGGCAAUUCAAUGAUGGAGAAAAUAAUGUAACCUGGCCUGCCCAGUCUGCAGAGUUGUCAAAGUCUGUUGUUGAUAAAUGUCUGGAGUUGGGGAUCAACUUUUUUGAUACUGCAGAGGGCUACAAAAACUCUGAGAAAGUUCUUGGAAAAGCUUUGCUGGGCAGACGUCAAGAUGCUGUGGUGGCCACUAAGUUUGGCUUUAGAGAUGGGAUUGGAACUCCUCCUUACUCUGCACAAGAGAUUGAUGAGGCAGUGACUCGAUCUUUACAAAAUUUACAGACAACUUACCUAGACAUACUACAGGUUCACUUUCCUUCAUUUAUUAGAGACAGUGUUGAGGCAGUCACUGAAUUAGAAAGACAAGUUUCUUUAGGCAGGAUUCGUUACUAUGGAUUCUCAAACUUCGCCCCCAACAGAAUUAAAGCAUUUGUUGAAGCUGGAGGGAAACCUGUGGUCAAUCAGAUCGGUUACAACCUAUUGUGGCGCUCACCUGAGCUUGAACUUAUCCCUGAGUGUCAAAAGUUUGGUAUCAAUCUUAUGGCAUAUUCUCCACUUCAGCAAGGUCUUCUCACUGGGAAAUUUGCCAGCCUGUCUGACGUUCCGGAGGGAAGAAGACGUGGAAGAUUGUUCAGCAAAGACUCAACCUCAUUAUCUAGACAUGGUCAAGAUGGAGCAGAAGAAGAAGUAGACCAGGCUUUAAAGAGAAUCCGUGAAAUCUGCAACAAUGCUGGCAUACAGAUGUCCAAAGCUGCUCUAUCUUGGAUCCUGCAGCAAGAUGGCAUUGCUGUGGUCAUUGCUGGAGCCAGUUCUCCGGAGCAAGUCGUUGAAAACAGUGAAAUCAUAAAACUAAAUAAUGACAUUAUCCAACAGUUGACUGAAGCAACGGAAGAGGUCAAGAAAAAAAUUGGGCCAUCACUUGACCAGUGGGCAGCAGAAGACAGGUGCCAGUAAUUCAAGACAUAGUCAGCAGUUAAGAAUGAAAUGUUAUCAAUAUGGCAUUAAAUGUGGGUUUUAAUAAUAUUUUAUUUGUACUAAAUCCAGGGAUCAAUAAAUAUUUUUAUACAAAGUGAGGUAAUGUUUUUUAAACUUACAGUAUUAUGUUGUUUGUUGAAAUCUAAUGAACACUGUGGUGCAUUUCUAAUGUAUUUUAUCUUGCUGUAAGACUUAAUAAAAUGAAAGACAAAGAU